AUGGACUCGUCUUCUCCUACAUAUCAAACAGGCGAUGUUGCUUGGAUAUUGACCUCUACUGCACUUGUCUGGUUAAUGAUACCAGGCGUUGGUUAUUUUUACUCUGGUAUGGCCAGGCAAAAGAACGCUCUAUCGCUCAUCAUGGCCUGUGUGCUAUCCCUAGUUGUUGUUAGCGUAGAGUGGUUUAUUUGGGGAUACAGCUUAACAUUUAGCAAAACAAGUACCAGCUCUUUUAUUGGAAAUCUCGACAACGCCUUCUUACGUGGCGUCUUGGGUGAUCCAUCUAUUGGAUCAUCUGCCAUUCCCGAUCUUGUUUUUUGUAUUUAUCAAUGCAUGUUUGCCGCAUUAACCCCUGCACUUGCUAUCGGUGCAGCUGCUGAGCGUGCUCGAUUAUUACCCAUGGUUAUUUUCAUUUUCAUCUGGUCAACGCUUGUAUACAACUUUAUUGCCUAUUGGACUUGGAAUCCCAAUGGUUGGAGCGCCAAAUUAGGUGCUGUUGAUUUUGCUGGUGGUACUCCUGUUCAUAUCUCAAGCGGUGCAGCCAGUUUAGCCUAUGCACUUAUCUUGGGUCGUCGCGAAGGACAUGAAGAAAAGAAAGAAGAGUUCAGACCCCACAAUAUGUCCAAUGUCGUACUAGGUACUGCUUUUCUCUGGUUCGGUUGGUUUGGAUUCAACGGUGGCUCUGCUCUGUCAGGCAACCUCCGUGCUGCCAUGGCCUGUGUGGUCACCAACUUGGCAGCCUCUGUGGGCGCAAUCACGUGGAUGUGCCUCGAUUAUCGUAUCGAACGCAAGUUCUCUGCUCUUGGCUUCUGCUCUGGUGCUGUUGCCGGUCUAGUUGCGAUCACACCUGCCUCUGGCUUCGUAGGACCUGCGCCUGCAGUAGCCAUUGGAUUUUUAGGCGCUGUUGCCUGUAACAUGGCUGUUCAUCUCAAGCACUGGCUCAAGUAUGACGAUGUUGCUGACGUCUUUGCUGUUCACGGCGUGGGUGGCUAUGUUGGAUCUCUUUUGACCGGAAUCUUUGCUGAAGCCUAUAUUGCUCAUCUGGACGGAGCCACAGUGAUUGAAGGUGGUUGGAUGAACCGUCACUUCAUUCAAUUAGGCUAUCAAUUGGCUGAUUGUACGACAGGUAUGGCCUGGAGCUUUGUUGUCACCUAUAUUAUCUUGUUCAUCAUGAACAAGAUCCCAGGUCUCUCUCUCCGAGUGGAUCGUGAAGCAGAACUAAAAGGCUUGGACGCUGCUGAGAUUGGGGAAAUGGCUUAUUAUCAUGUAGACAAGAUUGUUGGUGUCAAUCAAACGACAGGUGAAGAAAAAGUCAUUCAACAAGAAAUUCAAGCACAAGGAUCUAUGGGAUCAGAAAGGCCUUUGACAAAGGAUAGUCUUAAUAAUAUCUAA